CUUUCCUCCGGUGGUGUGUAAAGUGUGACGGUCUGUGAGAGAUAGAGAGAAACCGCCCGCGAUCAACAUCUGUAAGAUGGCAAAGCGGGAGUGGACGGUGAUGGUGAGCGGUCUGCCCACAGACAUUGAUGGUGACAGACUGACAGACAAGCUAAUUAUCCACUUCCAGAGGGCCAAGAAUGGAGGAGGUGAAGUAGACUUCAUCACUUUGACCAAGGCAACACCUGCCUUUGCCCUCAUCAACUUCGAGGACAGCAAAGUGGCACACAGAGUCAUUCAACACAGCCGGCACAUUCUGGAAGUGGAUGGGAAGACGUAUAUACUCACUGCAACUGAGUAUCACGAAAGCCUAGAGCCAGACAAGGUCAUUGUAGGUUUAUCAGCAACUGUCAACUGCAGCCAGCUUCCUGGGGGAAUACAGGCACUGAAAAACCUCCAGAAGAGCCACCCUGGUGUUGCGAUAAACUAUGACGCAGAAGAAUUCUGCACAUUGCGUGGUGCUUACUCCAAAGUCCAGGCUGCUAUGGAUCAAAUACUUGGGCAUCCUGGAGGCCCACAAUCAGCACAGAGGGACUCAGGUCAGCCUGACCCGACUUGCUCCACGUCUGCUCAGACCGAAAGGAAGUCUCAUAAUCAGGGGUCAGAAAGUGACAGCAGGAAACCCAAAAGGCAAAGAGAACAAAGCAAGACAACAAGACACUCAAGCUCUCAUAGUGACCUGAUGCCUAUUAGUUAUGACGGUGAAGAUAGUGACCAGGCCGAGGGUGCAGAUCUUUGGAAUUCUGGGCAUCCGACCGCAUCAGAGGAGGACUUCUCAUUGAUUGUGGAUGCAGACAUGUUCCAGUAUCUGCAGAAACACUGCUGGAGAGAAUACCAGUACAUCCUCAGUCAGUAUGGUGUGGAGGUGGUGGAUAUGACAAACCAGGGGUUGACUACUCUGUUUCUGCAGGCUACAGCAGGAGUGAGGAAGGAUGGUCAACAGCAGGAGCGCCAGGCGUUGGCAAGAAAGGCAUUAAGUCAGCUUUACCAGGAAAAUGAGACCAAGAUCCGUCGGGCUCAGCUCCCCAAGUGUAUUCUGUCCCCAAGGGGGGGACUGCAAAUGGCUAUAGAAAGCUUAAAGAUCCGACUUCCAAAGCUUCUUCUGAAUGAGGAUGACAGAAAUAUUAAUAUCAUUGGUAGUAGCAGUGACGUAUCUGAAGCGAAGCAGUUCCUUCUCCUGGACCAUGACAAAGUGAGUGCUAAAAAAGAUGAUGUAGCCAGUCUCUCUAGAUAUACCUCUCAUGAUUCAAGUUCAUUUACUCCUGGUGAUGAGGUGAGAGCCACUACCAUGUCCUCCGCUGAAGAGUGUUUGGACGACGGGCUGGAGAGGUCAGACGAGGAUAAGAGGAGAGCUAAAGGAACCAGAAGGUACAAACUAGCAGCUCUGUUAAAGGAAUCAGGGCUGGCUACAUUAGGUGAUCGACCAACUGACUUCAACUUCCGAGGGCUCUCAUCUCCAGGUAGACAAACGCGCACAGGGCCCAUUUUAGGGCAUGACGUCCUCUCUGAAACAGCAGGGAUUCCUGGGGAAAGAGUCUCUACAACAAAAUCCCAAAUUGCAGGAGGAGACAUCACCUUAAAAAGUGGAGAUUUGUUUGCCCCUUUGCAGAAUAAAAUCUCCUUGAACUCAAAUUUAAUGGACACUGGACCCAAAAAUGUAACAUCCGCUAUAAGCACUACUCAGUCCAGUUUGUCAGGAAGUACUGUGUCUUCACCUGUAGAGUCUAGAUCCUCAUUGAAGCGAGCCAAUAGUUUCUCAGGAGUGCCUCAGCUGAAGGCUCAGACUAAGAGUCAGAGGAGUCACGACGACUCCAGCGAGUCUGAAGUCAGAGCCAGGGGCAGGUCCUCUAGCUUCAGUACCCAAACUAAAGGAAGGGACAAGCGGGAAGUCUACAAUGCAGAGGUUACAGUGUUCAUGGGGAUGUGGCAGCACAUAAAAGAAGCCUUCAGUACCCGAAUAGACGACCUGACUUCUGAUGUCCAGAUUAAAGAAAAUCGACUGGCAGGAAGUAGUGAGGUGACCCUCAUCGUGAGUGGGACAAACCCGUCCAGAGUGAGUUCAUGUCACCUGGGUUUACAGAAGCUGGUUGAGUCAGUGAGGGUGGACUUCUCUGUGCAGGAGCUGCUCCUGCCAGAGCUGGGCGUCUCUGAUCCUGCAGAUGAAACUCUACAGGCUUGUUGUGCUGAGAUGCGGAGUCGCUUCAAGAAGGUCAGUAUCCAGGUUCUGAAGAAGAGCUUGUUUCUUCUAGGUCCCAAACAGUUGUGUUCUCAGGUUGGUGCUACACUGCGGGAGGUGUUUUCUGGAGAUGUGGCCCUAACACCCAAACGACAGGACUUCUCUGCCCCCUCCACCUCCAACUGGAAUCCGCCCACUUCUUUACAAAUGAAUGAGGAGCAAAAUACUUUUGAAAGCAAUUCUCAGGUGAUGCUAGAAAGCCAAACAGGCACUGAUGGAGGCCAGGAAACUGGAACAAACCAUAAAAGUUACAUCGAUGAGAAAGAGCCUAUGAAUGGACGUGUGAAUUCACCAUUAGUGAGCAAAAACCCUGUCAUUAUGCAGGAAGUGAAAAUUAUGGGUACAACAGAGAUUGAUGGACAGGAGGCCAACACACUAACCAACAAUGCUACUGCAGGAAGUAGGAGACCUGUGAAUGGUGUCGGGGCAGCGACAGCCUGCAUUGAUAAAGCCACUGGCCUUCAUAAGAAGGAGAGAACCAUGCACCUUCACCAAAAAGAUGGCACGCAACAACAAAAAGCCGAGAUCAAGGACACCCUGAGGGAGUCCAGGGCGGGUCAGUUAGAACAGGGUUACAUCUGUGUGUGUGGGGACAGUGGGAUGUCAGUAAUGAGGACAAAGUGUGGGACCACUUUGUGCUCAAAAUGUCUGGACUCAGUGCACGUCCACUGCAGAGUUUGUCAUGCAGCGGAUCCAACACCUCAGGGCAUCCAGGGCAAAAUGAGCUACUCUAAGCUGCAUUUCAGUUUACCUGGUCACAACAAGGACUCUGCUAUCAAGAUCACAUACUGCAUUCCUGAUGGUAUCCAAGGGAGUGAUCACCCAUUUCCAGGAAACCCGUUUCAAGGAGGUGUGUUUGAAGCCUUCCUUCCUGACUGCGAGAAGUCACGGAAGCUGCUGCCCCGGCUGGAGAAGGCCUUCAGGCUGGGACUCACCUUCAGGGUGAAGGUCAAAGAGACAGAGGCCAGGGUCACCUGGGACUCCAUCCCGCACAAGACCAGCCUACAAGGAGGCAAAUCAGGGAAAGGUUACCCAGAUUCCAGCUACUUGACUCGCUUGUCUCAGGUCUUGACCUCCCAUUGGAUUGAAGAGUAACCAGCCAAAUCUCAUGAAUGAUAAAAAAAACGGUUCUUAUGUAGUUUUUACUCACAAUGUUUGAUGAUGUGUGCAUAUAAUUUUUUUAUUAGACAAUUUGAAUUAAAAUAACAUUCCUGAACAUUUUCUCAGUGAAGAGCUCAUUUUGUAGAAUUGAUUUUUGUAAUGUAUUGUGUGCAUAGUAUUGUAUGGAUGUUCAUUUUGUACCGUCCUGUGUGUUUUUAUGAAAAUGAUAUAUAUAUAUAUAUAUAUAUAUAGAAUGUCAGGAAGUAAAGUUAUGACUUUGUAAACUUUCCUUUGCUUCCUUUAUUUUUCCUUAAAACGGGCAAAUAAAUAAAAAAGCACAUC